AUGAAUAGCCCGCCUUUGGUCGUAGCAGUGGAGUCGACCAUCGACAUUGGCAAGACGUAUGGCGCGCUGCUGCUGGGUGCCGCUGGAUCGUUCGGGUUGAGCGGGGUUGUUUCGACCCAGUGUGUGGUAUUCUACAAGCGGUAUCCCAAGGACUCGCUGAGGACGAAGUUGAUGCGUUAUGGAUUCAGCAACCUCCUACCGAGCCUUAUAGAUCAUCGAAGGAUACUGGAUAUCGCACACACUUCGUUCGUCUUGGUGGCAAUCUACGACUAUUUCGUGAAAAACUACGGUAACGCUGCAAAUGUGGACAGUAUUCCUUGGUCUCUCGCACUCUCCAUCGUAGUCACUGCACUGCAAACACUGCUCGUCCAUUGUUUCUUCGCAGAAAAGAUUCUACGCUCGAGCCGGAAUAACUGGUUUAUUACCGCGCCUAUUCUCAUACUCGCCGUGCUCAGGCUAGGUUUCCCUGAUUACUCUACUCCCACACCAACCUAUCACUCAGCUUACCCGGUGUCCAGUCACGACUGCCAACAUGAUCCGGCUAGGCCGAUUCUCGUCAUUCAUGGUCGUCUUUCCUCGGGCCUCACACUCUCCGCUGCCAUCGACAUCCUUAUCACCGGAUGGCUCUGCUACUUUCUCAGAGAGAUUCGUACACGGAUCGGGCCUCAUGCUACAGUGAUGAUCCGGAUGGUGGACACCCUCACACUUUACACACUCGAGAACGGGGCUUUGACUUGCUUCGCUGCGAUUGCUUCCCUGGUCUGUUGGCUAACAAUGCCGCACAACCUCAUCUUCAUGGGUCUACAUUUCGUCAUUUCCAAACUAUACGCCAACUCCCUUCUGGCUUCUCUCAACAUGCGGAACGACCUUAAGCAAAUCCAAGGGCGGUUAAGGAUUAACAUUACAGGCCAGACGACGGAUUAUGGGAAGGACGAUGGGAGUCCUGAGUCGGCCCUUCGGUGGAUGGACGAGUGCGGCACUAGAGCGCUCAUCACCGCCGCCGGCGCUUAUUGGUGCUAUCAUGUACCGAACUUUGCUUUACCUUGGUCCUGUGCUUCUCUGUCGAUCUUCAGGAUUCAAAACAGCAAAUCAAUAGCGAGUACCAACUCGACGCAUUACGACUACAAUUACUAUGGUCAACGAGAUGGUUUGUCGAAGUCGAACCAGUACACGCUCUCUGAUCUAGGCAACGCCGGUAGAGGUAGGAAUCCCACUACUCGAUACAUAUCCAACGACGCAGGAGCAAGAGCAGCAGAAGGGGCAGAGAGAGAAGGUAGACCGCGGAUACGAAGACGAAUCCCACAAGAACCGACGACGAUUAUCCAGUUCAGGCCUGCUUCGUCGUAUUAUUGGAAUGUGGUUGCGCACCGGGUGCAGGGUGGGGGGUUGGCGUCGGGUGGGCAGCGAAGUGGUGGACUCGGAGGUAGAGGAAGAGGGGGAGGAGGAGGAGGAGGAGGAGGAGGAGGAGGAGGAGGAGGAGGAGGAGGAAGUGGGGUGUUGCUGGAGGAGGGACAGGCGAGGGGACACGGACAAGCGGAGGGAGAGGAAGACGCCGAGGUGCAGAGUCAGAGUCAAAGAGGGAGAGAGGGUAAGGAUAAGGAUGUGGAGGAGGGGAUGGGUAGAGAGCGAGAGGGAGUGGAAGAAGGAGAGGGGGGAGAAGAGGUAGAAGGGAACUUGAAGCGUCCGCCUACCCGACAUGGCCCGCCUCCACCGCCGCCUUCGAGUACUUGGAGAACGUCGUAUCCCCCGAGACCAUCGCAUUCUUCGACCUUCGACUUCUGCCUUGACUUCACCAUCGGCCCCGCCUUUGACUUUGCCCUCAACUUCACCCCAAGCACCGUCUUAGACUUGAAGGGCAACGUCGAUUCCUCCAGCUACAACUUCUCGACCUCCUUUGUCGAGCCAAGCCGUCAAAAGGAACUCGAGAUCUUGAAUAUCGCGGUCUCCGCUUCUCGAAGAUCCUUCGUGAAGGCUGAUUAA